AAAUUGGUGUGGAUGAUGACGACGGUGAUGGCUAACGUUCUAGGAAACUGCUGUCCGAGAAAGCAUCGACACGAGGAUAAUUAGUCCCUUCGCGGCUUCCUCGCAUAUGGCUGUAUCGACAGCUCCUUCCCUCCAAGCAUUCUUAUCACCUUUCUUGGCUCUACGACAAAUCAAAAUCUUAAUUCAAAGGUGGCACUUCUUUAGCAUUUACAGUUCCAGGCCUUUGAUCGUCUUUGUCCUUGAUAUCAAUUUCGUUGUUGAAUCCAAAUAUCAUCCAACAACUGAAAUGAUCCAUGCUGCUCUUUUGGUUGUCGUUGCCUCCGGGAGUGCAAUUUCUUCAUCAGUGUCUCAUGUUGUUACCUGGAUCUGGAUCGCGGCUGCCUAGUUUUACUAGACCCAGACUAUGUCCUGGCUCCCUGUAAGCAAGAACAAAAGCGUGAAAGGUGAUGAUGAAAU